CCACGCGCGAACACGAAUCCUUCAUCAUCAUCUUCGAUUUGCAGAGGGUAGGAAAAUUAUUCAAUUUCCUUCUUCCCUUUUUCUCUCUCACCAAACAAACAAUGGAAAAAAAACUCUUCACAUGAUUCACGUUCCAACUCCUCUUAAGCAUGGAGUCCGAACUCCAAGACCUGAAUGCAAAACCGCCCAAACAACCCGACCCGACCCGCGAUGACCGCCCCCUCCUCAACUCCGUUUCCGUCCCCUCCGCCGCCGCCACCAUCUCCAUCACCGAACUCGAGAACAAAUUCGCGCCGUUCGUGCGGCGCGAUGCGUACGGCGCCAUGGGGCGCGGCAAGCUUCCGACGAGGGAGAAGGUGCUGCUUGGCCUGGCGCUCGUGACGCUGGUUCCGGUGAGGUUGGUUGCGGCGACUGCUAUAUUGGUGGUGUAUUACUUGAUCUGCAGGGUUUGUACAUUGUGCUCUGGUCCUAAUCGAGAGGAGGAAGAGGAUCAGGAGGGUUACGCGCACCUCGUUGGGUGGAGGAGGAUCGUGAUUGUGCAGUGCGGGAGAGCGCUCUCCAGGCUCAUGCUUUUCGUUUUAGGGUUCUAUUGGAUCUCCAAAUCAUAUAGCAUUCCUCAGACUCAUGCCACCACCGAGGAAAACAAAGGUCAGCCUGAAGCGAUGGGAAGACCGGGAGUAAUAAUAUCGAAUCAUGUGUCCUACUUGGAUAUUUUUUAUCACAUGUCUUCCUCGUUCCCGAGUUUCGUUGCCAAGAGAUCAGUGGCUAAACUUCCGCUUGUUGGUCUCAUCAGUAAGUGUCUUGGUUGUAUCUACGUUCAACGGGAAUCGAAAUCAUCAGACUUCAAGGGUGUUUCAGCUGUUGUCACUGAAAGAAUUAGAGAAGCUCAUCAAAAUAUGUCUGCUCCGAUGAUGAUGUUAUUUCCAGAAGGUACAACCACAAAUGGAGAAUUUCUCCUUCCAUUCAAGACUGGUGGUUUUUUGGCAACUGCACCGGUACUUCCUGUAAUUUUAAAUUACCAUUACCAGAGAUUUAGCCCUGCCUGGGAUUCCAUAUCCGGGGUACGCCAUGUAAUUUUUCUUCUAUGUCAAUUUGUAAAUUAUAUGGAGGUGAUACAGUUACCUACUUAUUAUCCCUCACAGCAGGAGAAGGCGUCUGCUAAAGUAUAUGCUAACAAUGUUAGAAGGUUGAUGGCCAGUGAGGGUAAUUUCAUACUUUCAGAUAUUGGGCUAGCUGAAAAACGAAUAUAUCACGCUACUCUUAAUGGUUUGUCAUCCCAAUGCUAGUUCAGCAUACGUGGUCUGUGUAUUCAUUGUAUAUAAGGAAGGGACAAGUAAAUAUAGGAAAUCCUGUGCGGUGCAGGAUUAAUAUUUGAAAAUGUAUAUGUCAUGGAUCCUGUUAAGGUUCCACUUCCACAUUAGCGCAUUUCUAAUAGGUUCUACUUCUGAAGUAUGAGUGAGGAUCAGAGCAGACACCUUCUGGUACUAUUUUUUGGCUGAUCAAUUUGUUGAGGUUCAGGGGGAGGAUCCUCUCCAAUUGGAGGUUUAGAAUGUCAUUGCGACUUCUGAUUAUUUUAUUCAUUGGUAAUGGUUGAGCAGAUUUAGUCUGCAACCUGCAAGUUUGUAAAUUGUAACCCUGUAAUCUAAUUGCUGAAGCUUUAUGAAGGUAGGAGUUCAACUAUUUAGGAAUGGCGCAGAGAAGCGCGUAAAUUUGUAAAUUGGUUGAUUUGAUUUCAUGACUUUUACUAUUUAAUCCAGUUUUUUUGUAA